AUGGGGCGGUUACGCUGGCAGGCGGUGGCGGUGGCGGCCUUGGGCCUCGCGGUCGCCCUGGAGGCGCUGCCCUCGGCCUUGCGCUGGUGGCGGGCCGGGCGGCGGCGGAGGCCACGGCACGAGGUUCUCUUCUUCCCGUCGCAGGUGACCUGCACAGAGGCGCUGCUGCGGGCGGCGGGCGCGGGGUCGGCGGCGCCCCCCGCGGGCUGCCGGUGCGGCCUGCCCCACGGCGAGAGCUCGCUGAGCCGCCUGCUGCGCGCCCUGCUGGCCGCCCGCGUGAGCCUGGAGCUUUGCCUCUUCGCCUUCUCCAGCCCGCAGCUGGGCCGGGCGGUGCAGCUGCUGCACCAGCGCGGGGUGCGCGUCCGCGUCAUCACCGACUGCGACUACAUGGCGCUCAAAGGCUCGCAGAUCGGCCUGCUCCGCAAGGCAGGCAUCCAGGUGCGGCACGAUCAGGACCUGGGCUACAUGCACCACAAGUUCGCCAUCGUGGACAAGAAGGUGCUGAUCACCGGCUCCCUCAACUGGACCACACAGGCCAUUCAGAACAACAGAGAAAAUGUUUUGAUUAUGGAGGAUGAAGACUAUGUAAGGCUUUUUCUGGAAGAAUUUGAGCAUAUUUGGGAAGAGUUUAACCCUACAAAGUACACUUUCUUCCCACAAAAGAAGGGAAGUCACUGA